AUGGGCGUAUUCUACCACGAUGGUGAUGCUGUUAACUACAUAUGGGAUCUUGGUAAUGGCGAGACAACACAUCGCGAYAACAGUAAAGUUUUUAGUUACGCCUAUAAACGUCCUGGUAUAUACCUUAUUGAAGUGCUUGGUUAUAAUGAUGUCAGUAAUGCUACAGACUCUAUCUAUGUUAGUGUACUGGAUGGUAUAGCAGGGUUGAGGUUGUCGAGUGACAUUGAUCCAAUGUUACCAAAUACUACUUUCAGGAUUCACUGGAACAUUGAGCAAGGUACAAACGUGUCMUAUAAAAUUACAUUUGGAGACGGCAGUCCUAUCAAGAUCGUCUUGGCUACAGAAGUUGGCGAAGGGCCGUAUUCCUUGUACCAUCGUUACCCUAGUAUAGGYCACUACGAUGUCAGCAUUCAAGCAGUUAACCUAGUGAGCAAUGCUGGACCUCUACGGAAAACUAUCAUAGUCGAAAAGCCGGUAACAGGGCUAAGAGUUCGUUGGAUAUUUCCACAAAGAUUUGAUUAUGGGCCAAAAAAAAUAUAUCUGGCUAUUGGAGAAGAAAUAAAAGCAGUCUCCAAGGUAACAUCUGGGACGGACCCAUUGUAUCUGUACGAUUUUGGUGAGAGAAAGAUUGGUAACAUUUCAAMGUCUGAUAUUUCAUACCAGUACUCUACUACUGGGUUAUUCACUAUUGCAGUUAAGUGUUUUAAUCACGUGAGCGCUCUUUCWCAAACUUAUGAGCUUCCAAUUUUAGUUCAGAGAGAUGAACCAAUCACUGGCCUGCAAAUUUUACUCUCCCCAACCUCACUCGGAAAUACUACUACUAUUGAAAUGUCAAUAAGUACCGGGACUGCUUAUGUAUGUUACUGGUUGCUGGGAGACGGUUUUAGAACCUUAACAGAUGUUGAAUCAGCAAACAAUACAAUAAGUCAUGUCUAUAGAUCCAUUGGUCAUUUUACCGUUAAAGUGUGUUGUGAGAACAGGUAUGGAAAUUCGUGUACACAGGCAACAGCCCAUGUUGAUAUACCCAUACAGACACCCAAAAUGGCUACCUCACUCACGGCUAUAUAUACCAAUGGUAGUAAGGUUUUCAAUGUUACCAUACAGAAUGGUUCGGACGUGACUUAUAAAGUAGACUUUGGAGAUGGGGAGACUUUUGAAGCACACUUCCCCAACACCACGACCAGAGAUCAAGUGUUUCAAAUCAACCACAAUUACAAUAGUGUAGGGAUAUAUUUUGCUUCACUUACCGCUAAAAAUCGUCUUGGUAAAGCACGCGUGGAAGGCGUUGGUCCWAUUGUAGUCCAGAAUCCGAUAUGGAAGAGCAUGAUUUUAUUAAUCAAUACUAGUCCAGUCAAGAUCCCCGAUGGUAAAGUARCAUUCUCCCUCAACUACCAGACCACUUUACGGCAUACUCCUACUAAAGUCUCUUGCUUGUGGGACUUUGGCGACAGUUCAAAAACAAGCACAUCUAUUCCUUCUAGUUUAAAGCACAGUUACGUUAAACAAGGAAGCUAUCGUGUAUCCUUAUCAUGCGCAAAUAMUGUAAGUAAUGCAAAUAUAAGUACUCUUGCUGUGGUAUAUAGAAUGAUAACACCUGACGUAACCAUAUCCCCGCCAGGAAAAAUUGUCCAACAUUCUUCGGCAUCAGACGGUAUUUAUUUUGCCACUGGUACCAACGUUACAUUCUGUGUAACUUCGCAGUCAUAUGACAUAAUAUACGUUUGGUCAGGUUUGGGUAGCACUGCGCAUGCGUCAGUUAAACCUUGUAUUUAYCACCUACUGUCGAGCCCUGGAAAAUACACACUACAAGUCCUAGUAAAUAAUUCACUCGAGACAAUGAUCGUCAGGAAAAGUUUUCAAGUUCAAGACAAAAUAUCUGGAUUACAAAUAACCUUAAAUGAAACUUACAUCAUCAAAUCUGAGGUUUUGUUUAUGUGGUCAGCGGAAAAUUUCGGAACGAAUGCGUGUUACUACUUAAAUCUGAACRACUCUGUUAAUGACGUCAUUUUUGGAGCACCUUCUUGCGACCCACAACACCACAGCGCAAAUAAACUGACUCUCUCAAAAAAUAAAGUCAUCGCAUACAGAUACGCAUACGUCAAAGAAGGAAUAUAUCAUGUGACUAUGAAAGGAAUAAAUAUCGUUUCCAUGGAAACAGCUGUUGUCAAGGUUACCGUGAGKAAGCCUCCAUGUGAUGUUUAUAAUGCAACUAUUUCUUGGAAUAACAAGAAAAAUGAUACCCUCACGUUUAUGCGUUCUGAGUCAUUCGAGCUUCAUGCUCGCUUCAAACAGCAUUGCUAUUUCGCCGAAGGUUUUGAAAUUAGUUGGAGAUUCGCAAAGUUAUCCAGUGGUGUAGAAAGUAAUGUCCAGUUAAGCCCCAUGCAAAUGGCCAGGAAAGAAUUUCUUUCGUUUAGAGCAUUGGAUCUAAGCUACGGAACCUACAAAGCUAAGGUUAUCAUUAGAUUGACUGGAAAAGACCUGGACAUUCUGUAUGGUAGAGUUAGCACAAUCAAAACACUCAAAGUUGAAAUAGUGCCUUCGCCAUUGAGAGCAUUUAUAAAGGGUGGGCCUUACAGAAAAAUCGAUCCAGAUAACUCGUUCACGCUAGAUGGAGGGAGUUCGAUGGAUCCUGAUGAAUAUAUACCAACAUUGAACAUCGGUUAUCGGUGGUACUGUAGGAUGUUUCAACAAGUCUUGGACAGGUAUGUCGGCUGCUACGCUGAUUACAUGAGACCAUYAGACAUCCUUGGAUAUAGUCGUCUGCUGAUCGUACAACCAAAAGAAUUCAUCAGGAAUGCCACGUAUUACUUCACACUGGAGAUCUACAAGGAAAGCAGAACAGCUACGUACCAACAGGCGGUGUUUGUGACUUUUGGGCUGCCACCAUCGAUGGCGAUAACGUGUCUGCCAGGAUGCAGUGGACUUCUGAUCCCAUCCUUAAGCCUCGUCUUACUUGCAGACUGUCUUAGCUGUGGUGAUUCGGGCGGUGCCUUGGUUAAUCGAUGGGAUAUCUAUCAAGAAGUGAACAAAAGUCUUAAACCAUUCACGAUUCUUGCCUCACAGACGCGUUAUGGAUUGAGUUCCUCUAGAUUAGAAGUGCUACCAAAUAUAUUUACUCCUGGCGUGAAAUAUCUAGUUAUACUUUCUGCUUGGAAGCAAGGAGGUCUGCCUGGAAGCACUAACUACACUUUUGUGGCUUAUAAAAACACUCCACCAAAAGCAGGAAACUGCUCAGUUAUUCCUUCCUCUGGAUAUGCUAUGGAUACAACAUUCACGAUAACCUGCAUAGCGUGGUUAGAUCGCGAUGAACCUUUAACAUACACAUUCAGUUAUCAAAUGGAUAAAGACGUAACCCUUCUUUACUCGGGUGAAAAGAGCAAGUGGGAUUUUAAGCUUCCAAUUAAAGAAGGCGCAGACAACGCGACCCUAAAUAUCACAGCUGAUGUCCAGGAUUCGUUGGGAAUGAGCUCUGUUGUCAUCUCCUCUGUGCUGGUACAAAAGCCCAAGUCAAUCGACUUGUCCUCGAUAAUGGACACCAUGAACCAAGACACUAACACCGGAGGAGCAAGUAACACGAGUACCCCAGCCAAGAAAAAGUCUGUUGCGGAAGUCGUCCAGUUGACAAGUAUUGUUACUUAUUCUCUGAAUCAAGCGAGCAAGACAACGAUUAGCAAUAAUGACAAUAACAAUACUGGUAGUGGUGGUGAUGGCGAGGCUAGAAGUGUUGAGGAAAACAAGAAAGCGCAAGAGAUAAGARGCAGAUUAACAAACCAACUAUCAGACGUCAUCAAGGGCCUCACUAGUAGUAACACUACCAAAGUUAGUGACCUGGACUUGGUGACCAACGCUCUGAGGGACUUGACAAAACAACCGGAGGAACUCUCUACUUCAUCAACGAYAGCAGUUUCUGAUUCACUCUCAGACAUAAUGUUAAGCUUAAAGCUUAUGAUCCACUCAAACACUGGCUCCAUGACUCCAGCUGAGAAAGCCAAGAUGGCGGCGAGAGUGAAGACGGUAGCCACAAAAAGUAUGGAAACGAUUAGCAACGUUAUGAUGGCAGUGGAGUUCUUGUCGACUUCUUGUGUAGUGUCUAAAGAAUUCAAUGAAACGAGAGCGAAAGAAGUGCAGUUGCUGGUCAAAAAAGUAAUGGAGACACUAGACGAAAUUAUUAAAAUACUGCUGCAUUACAAGGAGGUUGGUGAUCCUCCUUACUCUCUCCAAACAUCAUUCAGUAAUAUCACGCUGGAAAGAAACAACGGACACACCCUUAGCAACAAGACGUUUGCUUGUAGAUCAGGAUCGUUUGAGCUUCCUAGGACGCAUGCCUUGUUAAAAGAUUACAACAGCUCUGAACCGCCUAUCAUCGAUGUACAGCUUGGACGUGAUAAACUUCAUUACAGUGGCGGAUAUAGGAUCUAUGUUACUGCAGAUUUGCCGUCUCUUGAAGGAGAACAGUCGAUGAAUACUCGAAUACUCAACAUCUCGUAUAGCCUGGGUGUCUACCAGUCAACCUGCUUCUACUGGGAUGGUAUGGAAAAUAGAUUUAACACUAAGGGAUGCAGGGUUGGUCCAAAGACAAACCGUAAAACAACUCAAUGUUUAUGCAACCAUUUGACGUCAUUUGGGUCAAGACUGGAUAUAAUACCUCAUUACCUUGGAUAUGAUGAAGACGUCAUUGAAAUUCUCGAAACUUCUGCCAGUCCUAUAGUUCUGUCAGUUGUUCUGGUUGCUCUUUGUAUCUAUCUCGUUAUUCUUGUCUGGGCAAGAAACAAGGACACUGAAGAGAUAGAAAAGGGAGAAAUCGUGCAUCUUUCAGAUAAUCAUCCAAAUUAUAAAUUCAAGUAUGAGAUCACAGUUUUCACUGGUAGAGGAAACCAAGCGGGUACUACAGCAAAUGUUGCUUGUAUCGUGAGAGGUGAGGAUGGAGAAACUCCCCCACGAGGACUUAAAGAUUAUCACCAACAAAGAUUCCAAAGAUCAGGAACGGACGCAUUUUUACUCUGCACACCUUUUCAUCUGGGAAAAUUAGGAUUUGUCGAACUCUGGCACGRUAACACUGGAGAGAAUCCAUCUUGGUAUGUUGAUAAAAUUACCAUACGAGAUGUAUUAAAGGAUCAGGUGUACUACUUCAUGUGUAACAGAUGGCUGGCUGUCGAGCACGAUGACGGUCAAGUCAGUAGGACACUUCCUGUUGCGAAGAAAGAAGAAAUAGAAGCGUUUGGGCAUUUGUUUCCAAGUGUGUCGCGAAGAAACCUCGCAGACAGACAUAUAUGGUUGUCUGUAUUCAACAAACCAGCCCGUAGCCGAUUUACAAGAGUCCAAAGAGCAUCGUGCUGUUUGGCUUUAGCCUAUUGCGCAAUGUUGUGCAAUGUGGUAUUUUAUGUAACUGGUUCUGAAUCAAACCCUACUGACACUUUUCAAGCUGGCCCACUAAGGCUGUCAGCUUACCAGAUAUAUACUGGUAUCGUGAGCUAUUUAAUCAUAUUACCAGUAAAUUUAGUCAUUGUUGGAAUCUUUCGAAGUAUUAAGGAUAAAAACCGAGAUGAGCAAGACAAAAAUGGCAAACCAAAUGAGCCGCCUGUGAUAUUAGAGCAACGUGAUUUAAUUCCACUACUAAACUGGUAUAAAAUAGCGGGUCAAUCAGAAACAAACYUUUGCAAGGAGUCCUAUUCCACAACGUACCAAGGACAAAAUACUUUCAAGGAAAAAGCGUUGAUCUUAACAGGAAAACAAAAUGAUUCCAAGCUGCAAAAGACAAUUGAAGAGCUAGGUGUUCUCUUACCAUCCAUCAAAUUAGGAGUAAAUGAACAGCUUGGGCAAGCUUUACAGAAAAAGCAAAGAAAAGACAUUAUACGAUUACCCCAUUAUUUUGUUUAUCUCGGAUGGUUUUAUUUCAUUGCAUUGUCUUCUGUCUCAGCAUAUUUCGUUGUUGCUUAUGGAGAACAAUUCAAAGAAGAAAAAGCAUCACAAUGGCUAACAUCAGUGAUUGUCUCUCUUGUCUUCGAUGUUGUCGUUUUUAACUCAGUCAAAGUCUUGGUGAUUGCUUUGUAUUUUGCUUUGGUUUUGAAACAGCCUGAUGAAGACGAUUAUGGAAUAAAGCACGAGGCACAAAAUGCGAGACUGUUGAGACAUGUUGAAUAUAAUAACAUAACAAUACCAGCUGUACCGUUAGCACCAAGCAAAGAAGACCUCGGAAAAGCACGAACGAAGAGACUCCGUGAGAUCCAAAUGAACGUGAUYAUAAAAGAUAUGGUGGUGUAUGUGUUUUUCUUGGCUUCGCUUCUCAUGGUCAGCUAUAGUCAUCGUGAUCCACAGGCGUUUGCUGUAGCACAGAACUUGAUGGAUACGUUUGUAGGUGGCAUCUACGUUGGAAACAGUCUAAACGAGGUUGAUGGUACGGCAAAUUACUGGAAAUGGAUAGAAGAAACAGUCGUCCCAAGCCUGUCCUCAGCGAAUCGUAGCUGGGCAGCUGAGUGUAAUCCAGCAGUUGAUUAUGCGAUUGGCUGUAAUACGCGUGUGAUUGGUGCUGGUAGGUUGAGGCAGCUCCGAAUACCUCUAGGUACAUGUCAAGUCCCAAAAGCUAUACAGAACGUUACCAAAACUUGCAACGACUUUUAUUCCCUAUUCAAUGAAGACAAAGCAAACUACACAGAAGGUUGGAAGCCGAGUAAUGUAACAACCGAUUCAUCAACAAACAGUCCUUGGCAUUACCAAUCCAUGUUUAACAUCGGUGGGUACCCCUACAUAGGGUUAAUGGGUACCUACAGUGGAGGAGGAUAUAUACAGGAGCUACGAAAUACUGGCAAAGGUUUGAAGGCAUUGAAGGAGAAUUCAUGGAUUGACCAACAUACACGUGCUAUUUUUGUCGAGAUAAGUGUAUAUAAUGCACAAAUCGAUAUGUUUGGGAUUGCAACGUUUCUGACCGAGUGGAUGCCCACAAAUGGAGUUCUUUACUUCAAUAAUGUCAAAGCGGCGCGUCUUUUCAUUAAAGCCGAUACCAAACAAGCGAUGACGACGGCCUGUCAAAUAUUUAUGGUUCUUUUCCUGUUUUUCUUUGUUUACGGGGAAUCGAAAAAGAUUCGCAAGGAACGAAAAUUGUACUUUAAAGACGUAUGGAACUGGUUUGAAAUAAAUAUUAUCGUAUUUAUCUUCGGAUGUUUAGGUACGUUGUACCAGAGAUCGAAAUUUACAACCAAGGCUAUCCAUGAAAUGCAGAAGAACCCAACAAAAUACAUUAGUUUGAUUCAAGCAGCAACAUUCGAUGAACUUCUGACUUAUUUCCUUGGUCUUGUAGUCUUUGUUGCAAACCUCAAACUUCUUAAACUCUUCCGCUUUAACCAUCGGGUUUAUCUCUUCACUAGAACACUAUCUAACGCUAAAUCUCCUCUUAUUUCUUUUAUGAUGGUUUUCUCUAUCUUCUACCUAGCCUUCUGUAGUAUUUAUUACCUGAUAUUUGGAAGCAAUAUGUAUGAUUAUAGAUCAAUGAUCAGCACUAUAGAAUCUAUUUUCAACAUCUUGUUGGGCGGGUUUGACUUCAACAGUAUAGAAGAAGCUGACCGAAUUUUUGGGCCAAUCUUAUUCUUCUCAUUCAUGCUUAUAAUGGUAAUGAUUCUCAUGAAUAUAUUUUUAACUAUUUUGAUGGACGCGUUUGCUGAAGUGCAGGGAGACGAGAACCUAAAGGCAAAUGAACUUGAAGUUCUAGAUCAUGCAAUGGCUCGAUUAGACCGCUUUAUCAAAGCAAGGAAGAGAAACAAAGUUGGAGACCAUCCUGGUGCAGCAAAUUCGUCUCAAGAAGACCUUAACAAUUCUUCUCAGAGAAUUAAUGCAAAAGAAAGUGAAUUUGAUGCUUCAGUCACUGAAAACAAUGCCGAAGACGAGUAUAAAGAAGAACRAUAUUCUGAUAAUGAAGAUGCCCUUGACAAAGCCAUAAAAAGAGUUCAGCUUAAAGUUCGUAUGAAACAAAUGGCACUGGGUGGAUUAUUCCCAAGUAAAUCGUUUGGGGUUCUUGGCAUGGUCAACUACACAGGAGCCCCGUUACCCCUUAAAAGAACUUUAGAUGAGAAGCUUAUUGACUUGACAGCUUAUUUUCAAUGCACAGCACUAGACGACAUUACGCUUGACCGAGCGURUGAAGAACUUUUUAGACAGUACGUCAAGAUUACAAAGAACUUGUUGUAUGAAAGAGAAAUGAAACGACAGGCAGAGUUUGCCUCGAGUUGGGAAAGACCUCAAACAACCUAUAAACAAAAACAGAAGAACGUUUAUACAAGAAACAUGUUGGAAGACUGAAAUCUAAUAAUAAAUGAGUAUAAACAAUGAGAUAUUACGAUUUUCUUAUAGAAAUAUACAAUCACAUGCAUGGUACUUGUGUCAGGCAUUGCGUUUCACAGCGCAGAAUUAUUUUUCUUUUCGUCGUUUAAAUCAAACCACAAAACUUGAAAACACUUCUCAUGCUAUCUAUGAUCGUUUAUGGUGUUAUUUAUCGCUGAAUUUGUGAACUGAAAUGAGAAUUCAUGAUUGGCAAGUAAAAGUGACUUUUGACCACAGGCAACCCAGUAAAAAGGAAAUAACAGCCACAGUGUUGUAUUCGAAACCUCAACACAUUCAACUUUUGUUUUUUCCUUCUCGAACAGCUUUAAGGUAUAAGAGGUAAAGUAAAUCUUCAAUAAAAAAAUGCUGGAUACUAAAUAAAGUUGUCUAUAAGCUAUUUUAUCAGUCUAUUCGUAUCACAUUCUGAGAACUGAUCCGACAGGAAGUCAUAACUAAGCAAAUAUAAAAUGACUGAGUAAUUAUGAAAGUGGACCCAUAGCAGUAGUAAGAAGGGAAU